AUGAUAAGAUUCGGCCAACCUUUUGAAAGAAAUAAUACAAUUUACAUCUACGGAAAAGUCUUGGAAAAUGCGAAUCGAAGUGAUGUUUAUAUUUAUCGAGGAUUUGAGAAUAAUGAAAAUAGUCAAGAAAUUGCACUGCAUGUUAUUUUGGAUUUUGUGACUGGUUGGAUGAAGAUAUUUUCUGUGGAAAAUGGUGUGGAAAGUGUGAACAAAGUUAUUGCGGUGCCAUUUGUUAGAGGGAAAGAUUUUGUGCUGCAGAUAAGGUGAGUGAGUUGAGAAACCGUAACAUUUCAUUGUCAGUUAAGUUAGGCUAACUUCCUAUAUCCAACAAGUUAGUGUAACUUGGCUGCUAACUAGCGGCUCUUUUUCCAGAAAUCUUCACUGGUCAUUUUUGAUUAUGAAGGGUGAUUUGAACUACGUGACACUUCAACUAAACUCAAGUUCAAUUUUGGGAAAUGUUCGAACAACUGGAGAUUGGAUACAGAAUAAGAUAACGAUGGCAUGCAGUUAUAACGACAUUUUUUCAGUCAAGGAGAUUCCAGUGGCGCCAAAAACCGCUGCUAUUCCGGAUUUGGAUUGUAAUGUUAUUGUGAGUCAGGAUAAUUCCUGAAAACUAGCCGCUAUUGAUUUUCAGAACGCUGAUUUCUCCAACAAAAUAGUCCACCUGAUAACCCCAUUCAAAGUGAAUAUGUCACUUUGGUUUUGGGGAAAAUCUUGGAAAACUCCGAAAACCGCCGAAGUCUUCUUAUAUUCUGGAUACAAUAAUACUUUAACCAGUCGAAACAUCGUAUUUCAUUUGGAGUUUCAAUAUGUUGCUCCAAGACAGAUGAAAAUGAACUCAAUGAAUUCUCAAGGAAAAUGGGUUAAUCAACAAACUGCACUUUCUCCCUAUUUUAGAGGAUUGCCAUUUGCUGUACAACUUCGAAGAACUUCUGUGGGGAUUGAAUAUUGGGCUGGAACACAUUAUCAUAAUUUGAUAAUGAAAAUUGAUCCAAAUGUUGUUAUUGGAAAUGUAAGGACUAAAGGAGAUUGGGAUCAAUAUACAACAAAUAUGAAUUGCCCGAGGGAUUUGGAAAUUAUUGCAAAGAAAGUUGCGAUAAGUAGUUCGACUUCAAAAAAACCUAUCACAUCUACAUCGACUACAGCAAAACCAAUUCUGGUGAAGGAGGCUGUGAUUGUGAAUCCGGAAAGUGAGUUGGCAUAACUUAGCAAAGUCAUAGAUAUCAGGGAUAGGCUAGAUGGAACCAGACGACUAGAGUCUGAGUGAAGCGAGAGACGCAGAGAAACAAGACAACAAGAGAGUAUGCAAAACUAAGAGACCCAGAAAAGUCCCCAAAAAACUAACCGCAAGUUUGAAAUGAAAUAUAAUCGAGAAAUGAACAAAAAUGAAUUUGAUUCACGUUUGAAAAAAUGACGAGCGAAACGAGUUUAGGAGUUGGGUUAAUUUUAAAAAUCGCUCGAAAAUCUUCAAAUUUUCCAGCAACUCUCGAAAGCUCGGGCUCCGCAGAACCAGCCAAAACAUCUACAAAUUGCAUCUGUCCACCUUCAACCUCAAGUUCCACCUCAAACUCAAAUUCAAGCUCCGAUUCUACCAAACUUCUGAACAUUCUAAAAUCCCUCCCAAAAAUCACAAUCUACGGAAAUGACUACGAGGAAAGUGGAUUCGAAUCGCUUUUCGAUUUGGCAUCUCAAAAUAUCGAUGAAAAAUUGGUGGAAGUUUUGAAGAAUUUGAGAUUCGUUGUGAAAAAACCGGCGAGAAUUCCGGAAAAUGCUGGAAUUAUGGUUGAAGAACUAGAUCCAAGGAGAUUUUCAGAUUCAGAAGCUGAAAUUUCGCCUGAAAUUAGACCUGAAAACAUCAGAAGUGAAGCGAAAAGGGAUUCUGAAAAUGAAUACAAAAUGGACUCCGGGAUGAGAAAGGCUGAAAAUCCAUCUGAAAAUCAAGAAUGCGAAGAAGAUUCCUAUGAAGUUCGAAAGGAAGAAUGUUAUUGA